AUGGCAGAGGCCCACCCAUUCCCACACAAGUGUGUCAACGGCACGACCGAGGCCACCCGGUCAUUCAUCGAGUCCCUGUUCACAGCCGUCGCACUGGACAAUUUCGGAACAUCUUUCGCCGCUGCCCUGUCAGACGACCUGGUGUGGACGGUUACCGGAAGCAGUCCGAUCGCGGGCACCUACAAUGGCAAACAGGUCUACAUCGACAAAGUGCUGACGCCAUUGCGAGACGUGCUGGUUAGCCUCCCCGUGCCGAUCGUCGAGCACAUCUUUGCCGACGGCGACUGGGCAACGGUGAACUGGCGGAGUCAGGGCGUAGUGGGCAAGAACGGUGCAAACUACGACAUGCAGUAUGCGUGGCUGAUGAGGACAGAGCUGGACGACACGGGCGCCCGGAAGAUUGUUGAGGUCAUUGGGUUCUACGACAGCGUCAAAGUCACGGCUGUUUUUGCGGGCUAUGUCUUCAACAGCACUAAAGUCUAA